AUGAGGAAAAUAUCCAAAAAUCGUACAGAUGACGAUGUUGUUUCAUCGACCAAUGGAUCUGCAUCCGUCGGGAACGAGGAGAGUCAAGAAUCGGAGCAAGGCAAUAAACAAGAUAAUAAUGAAGACAAUGAAAAUGGUAAAGACAAAAACCAAAGUGAAGAUGAAAAGGAUACGUCUUCUGUUAAGGGAACGCCUAGAAAGAGCCUGACGAAUAAGUCAAAGCAGACGAAAAAGAAAAAAUCUGAAAAAGUAAAUAAAAAAGACGCUGAAGAAGAAGAAUAUGAGGUGGAAAAAAUUAUGGAUUCUAAAAAAAUAAGAGGGAAAUUGCACUACCUAAUACGUUGGAAGGGGUAUUCAGCCGAUAGUGAUACUUGGGAACCAUCUGAUACUCUGUCUUGCCCAGAUUUAAUCAGUAAAUAUAAUGAUGGGAAGGAAAAUUCAAAGAGCAGCCCAACAAAAAAAGCUAGCAAAAGGAAAGGUGCUAAGAAAGAGAGUAAAUCGCCACCAAAGAAAACUAAAACAAGUUGGGACUCUGAGAAUGCUGACGAAGAAGCUGAGUAUGAGGUAGAGCGCAUUCUUGAAGUACAUCACAAGAAGAAUGGCAGCAGGGAAUUUUUGAUUCAUUGGAAGGGAUGGUCAAGCAAAUUUGACUCUUGGGAACCCGAAGCAAAUUUGAAUUGCCCCGAAUUGAUAAAGAGAUUUAUGGAGAAGGUGGAAAGUGCUAAAACAACUGAGAGUAGGAAUUUAAGAGUGGCUCCAGAGACCACAAACCGUUUCACUCUUCAAGAUCCAACGUCUGGGCGACGACUCAGCAAGAGAAGAGGACAACGCCAACGGUAA